UGCAUAAUGUCUCAUGGUAUGAUAAACAGUCAUUAAAAUGUGUUGUUUUUUCAGGGCCAAGGUCGAUUAUAUCCACAGGAGUUUGACUAUAACAAGUAGUGGUCGCAGGCAACUUUUAAAGAUGGACCGGGAUCCUGACCAUAAAGCCUGGAUGUCUCUGCGCCUGUCCCGAGUACUGGACGAUAUUGGAGUAAACCGCCGUGUGGUGAAAAAAAGGCGAGAAACCUUCCUGCUGAGAGAAGCGGUAGAGACUCUCAAGAACAAAAUACAGGGUUUAAACGAAACGUGUUUCCAUUUAGGCAGCCAGUCAGAGGGAUCUACAACAGGGAUGAAUUCAGAUAUUGAUAUGCUUACAUGCUAUGAUAACACCAACAUCAAGUCUGACUGGCAAGACUGGGAGGCCGGGAUGGAGAACUUUCUAAUGGUAAAGGAGGAGAUAACUCCGCCACAACACUACUGGUUACAGUGGAUUAGGCCAGACUCUCCAGAACCUGUCAGAUAUAACGGAGUGGAACAGUGUGUGCCGUAUGUAGAUGGUCGGAUAUUUAGAAGUAAUAAAACGUGGCAAAAUUAUUGGAAACCAAGAUUAGGAAAUGAUUUAGUUUGUAGCGGUCCUGCAAUAAGUUUCUCUGUAAAGUGGGACUUUGUCUCAGCUUUUAAAUGUAAAGUUCUCCCACAUGAAGUUGACCUGUGGUUUCACCGUCCAAGACGUGGACAUUGGCCAACACCGGUAAUGAUGCAGGCUGCAAAGGAGUGCUUUUGUUUCCUUGUUCCUGAUGGACACUUUGAGAGUUUAAACGAAAAUAUAGAAUGGCGAAUAUCACCAAGCCAAAUAGAAAGGAUUCUUGUUUUUAGCUUUACUACAGUGCAGUUAAAAUGCUACGACGUAACGUUCACUGAUGUCCGCUAA